GGUUUUGUCAUUGCCGAAAUAUUCAAAUGAGAGUUAAAGACUUCAAAUUUUCAUUCCUUCUAUUUUAAGCACUUGGACAUUUUGGUUUAAAAUUUAGAAGAUCCGGCUACUACCCACUGAUAACGAGUCACACGACAAGUCUUGGUGAACUUUCAAUUUCUUCAGAAGUUGAAUUAUAGCUGAAGGUUAUUAUAUCAUAAACUAAUUGGUGAUUCGUGUAUAGCACCGCUCGCGGAAAACACGGAACGAUGUCAAUAUUAAUCAAGUAAACUCCUGGUGGUUGAAGAGGCAUCUACUUUUCGAAGCAUAGAAAGUUUGUUCUUCUGCAUCAGUGUUAGUGGUUAAAAUAUCAGAAUAAGGUUUAACCAAAUUGGAAUGUGGUGAAAAGUCCUAACCAAUAAUAGAUCAAAGGUACGAUAAUUGGCUUCGCUAAUACAUUACAAUCAUAUUAAUUUAAGGUAUUUGAAAGAAACUUGUGAUAUCAUAGCCUAUAUUCUCUGGCUAUAAGCCUUACUGCACAAGAAGAGUGCAAAGUAUUUAUUUCAAUUGGCUUAAGUAGCUACCAGAAUUGGCGAAUUGUGCGUUAUUUGGUAGUUGAUUGAAAAAGAGUCUAUACAUCACAUUUAUUUAAAUUUUGGUCAGAUUGUGGUUAGAUAACAUUGUUCUCACGGAACCACGGACGACUGAGAGUCGUACUACGCCUAUAGUAUUGUGAAAGUAGCAAUAUAGCAAGUACUCGAAAUCAUUGAAAUAAAUACUCGAUUGUUAAGUGAUUAUACAGUAAACAGUAUUGGGUAGAACUACUGAACGUCUGAAAUUUCGUUUCUCUCAAUAGGCAUACUAGAGAGGUACACUGGUAUUUGACACUGAAACGGUUUUUAUUCAUUGCUCAAUUGGCUCUUUCAUUGGGAAUAACGUCUAGAUUGGUAAGAAACGUACUAGAAGGUCUAGAAGACAAGGAUCCAUAAUCAUAUUCUGUUUAUUGAAACUGUGGCAACAUUCGGCAUUACAGUCUGUAUUAAUCGGUGUUUAAUCGAUCCAUACAAUAUCUAUGUGUUAAAGUUGAACAAGAUCACGGUGAAGAAAAUCAUUUACUGUAAAUUGCUGUUAUUUAAAUACGUAAAAUACCUUGACCAAAAUUGGAUAUCAAAUUUUCAAAAAAUCCUUCAGAAAUUUGAAGUUAGACAGCAAAGACUUCAACUUCAGGAAGAGUAAUAAGUUCCUAAUAAUCGGCGAGGAGAACAAAGGAAAUAUAGUCAAAACAGAGAGCCGCGAAUAAUGGUGAAGUAUAUUGUUGUCUUCAUCACAGCGGUAGUUCAACUGUUGUCGAUAAGAGAAGGCUGGGCAAGGCCGGAUGGAGCGCCUAGAAGAGCAUGUCCUGACCUUACUCCAGGGCACGGAGUUGCGUUGACUGGAGUUAAUCCGUUCAGCAUCGAUACACAAACUCAGUCUGGUAGAAUUAACAUCACAAUAUCAUCGACUGAUGAUAGGCCGUUUGAAGGUUUUAUACUGCAGGCAAGAGAGAUUGGAAGUACCAUACCGGUGGGAGAAUUUGUCGACGAGCCACUUCACACGAAAGUUAUAAAUUGCACUAGUGACGGGGUAGGUUAAAAUCUUUAUCGUUUAUUAGGGAGUGUAAGCGUAAAGGCACAGUUCAGCCUUUUGAAUGAUGGGCAUGCAACUCCUUUAAUUGAAAAACUAAUUAGGAAAAUCAAUUAAGCAUAAUUCUGAAGAUCAGUGAAGUGAAUGUUUUCAACAAUAAAAAGGUUUGAAAAUGUUAAAAACAUUGAGAUCACCGAUCUUGAAUUAUGCUUAAUUGAUUUUCCUAGUUGGUUUUUUCAAUUAAAGAGAUUGUUGUGCACUUUAAAAACCAUCAUUCAAAAGGCUGAACUGUGCCUUUAAUUUAGCUUCAAAAACUCAUUAAUAAUUUAGGAGCAAAACACAAAGAAAAAUCAUAAGCGUGUCGUGGUUUUAUAUGUGAUAAAACUCAUGUUAAUUUACAUAAACUUUAGCUUUGAUUUUCCGCUCGGUUUAGACAAAGUUUAUUUUAAAAAUUACUUCGCCAAUGAACUCAUAUAAGAUGAGUCGUUUUUUAAGCCAUUUAAAGAAUUUAAAGCACGCGUGCUUUAAAUAGUGCUUAGUUGAUGUGUUUACUUCUUUGAGGCGGACAUUUAAACUAUCUGAGGGUAUCUGAGGGUUACUGAGUUAGAUACAGGGCCGUCACUAGAGGGUGUGUGUGUGUGGGAGGGGGGUAGCCUGCGAACAGGCCAGGGCAUUUUUUAAGAAUUCGUCAGUGGGGGGGCCAUCUACAAAAAGGGACCAUACUAUACCGAGUGUGGAGCAAUCAUAGAUGGUUUGUUGGUAACAAAAAGUUUGGUGUGGUAUCGCA